AUGUCAUAUUCAAAUACGUUAGGAAGUGAAUCUUCCAGUUCUACAUCAAGAACUUUGACUCAACAAUUGGAUGAUAUAGCCAAUGAAGCUUCAUUUUAUACUCCUUUAGAAGAACCAAUUUCUGAUUCCCCAAUUAAUUCAUACGAUGGAACUAAUUCAACUGAUUUAAAUCCAAUUAAUAACAUCGUUAAUAACGACGGUGCCGAUAAUGAAGAAGAAGGUUCAAGUUAUUUUGUUCCUCAUAUUAUUAAGAAGUUUCUUCCUGGUACAAGUUCUAAUUCAUCUAAUUGUGAAAGACAACCAUUAUUACCCAUUUCAAGACAAGAUUGUCAGCCUACAAGAAAAGAUACUCCACAAUGUCCCACCCCACCACCACCACCACCUGCUGCUAGUUUAUUAACUUCGAUUCUUGCCUUUAUUUGGAAUAAUGUCUUUACUGAACCGAUUAGACAAUUUUUAAUUAAUCAUAGAACAUGGGUAUUAUUAAUCGGUUUAUUAGUAUUAAUUGCCGUCGGGUUAAUCCUUUAUUUAACCGGGAAUUUAGCAAUUUUAAUUGUUUAUAUCAGAAUCUUACUUUGUUAUGUAUUUGGUGGAUCUUCUCCUACUUAUUGUAAUAAUUGA